UGAUUAUAAAAUAUCUGUGGACAUCAUCGUUCACUAUCAGCAACAGGUAUGACGCCUAACGCGCGCCUGUCAUUAUAAACCCAAAGUGAGGUGUUUUGUAGGCAUUUUUUUUGCAAUCCCACUUCUCAUUCCCUGCGUCCCUGCUGAGAGGCUCCACUCCUCUCUCUCUCUCUCUCUGCCUUUUGUUUCCGAGGUGGAGCCUGACACCCCGACUUCUCCAAACUGAACCGCCGGGCGAAGCAGACGGACCAGAUAGGAGAGGAGGACCAGGACCAGCAGUCAGUCGGUGUGGAUCAGAUCUGAUCUGGGACGCAGCAGCAGCAGAUCGAGGAGGGACCAGAGAAGACGGCUGCAAAGGAAGAAGAAGAGGGAUUUAGUGGAGCGUCUUUUUACUAACCGGCUACACACGGAAGAGCUUCAAGAAGAAGAUGAAUUCUUUCAUCCUGCUGUCGCUUUGUGCAACGAUUAUCGCCGGGAAGUCACCUCGGCUGAAAUUUAUUCUGCACGAGCCCUCCAGGUUCCACUUCAACAAACCUGAGAACUACAUCAGCAUGUACCACCAGGAAGGGAGCGACACGCUGUACGUGGGCGGCCAGGCGAUGGUCUAUGUGUUGACGUUCAACAACAGAGGGGUCCGCGACCUGCAGAUCCCAGCGGCAUCGGACCAGACUGCAAUUGAUACCUGCAAGGCAAAGGCUGCACCACUCGAGCUGGAGUGUGAUAAUUUCAUCACCGUCAUUCAGAAAGUAAACGACACAAUAAUAAUAUGUGGGACAAAUGCUGGAAGCCCCAGGUGCUGGAUGCUGGUAAAUGACACUGUGCUGACUGAUGUCCAGGGCAACGGGCAGAUAGCGUCUGCCUCUGACAUCUCCCCACCAUACCCUUCCCAGAGGUCCAUCAGCUUGCCUGCAGAUGGGAGUUUGUAUUCUGCUAUGUCGUCGGUGGCAGGUCACGCCGGCUCGAUCCGCCGUACGUUUGGCUCCCAGAAACUCCUGAAGACGGAGAACAUUUGGCUGCUGAAUCCGCAGUUUGCCGGCGCAGCCAUAAUCCCGUCAUCAAUCAAAUACAAGGAGGAGAUCUACUUCUUCUUCAGUGAGUUCAACAAGACAGCCAGGGUGGAUGAGGAGCCUUACAGGGCCCGCAUAGGCCGAAUCUGCACGGUGGAUGAAGGGGGCAUCAAAGCCCUCCUGGCAGACUCAUGGACCACCUUCAUGAAGGCCCGGAUGAUGUGCGGCGCAGGAAACACACAGCAGCAGUACAACAACUUGAAGCAGGCGGUGGUGCUAACAGCUCAGGACAAAAGGGCCGGAGUCCUGUAUGGCCUGUUUAACAACGCAUGGGGCAGAACAGUGAUCUGUGCCUACUCCAUCGAAGAUAUUGACCAGGCUUUCUCCACAUCCAAACUAAAGGGCUACAGCAGUACAAUCAUCGGCCCUCGCCCUGGGAUGUGUGUCCGCAAAAACUCGACAGCGGGAGGUCACAACGACAUCAAAAACCUCGGGGUGAUCAGAUACCACCCAGAAAUUGAAGAUGUGAUCCGGCCUGUCGGUGUGGCUCCACUCGACCUGCCAACAGAUGACCAAAUCACACACACUGUGGCGGACAUUGUCCUGGCGGUCAACGAUGAGCACUACAGUGUCCUGUACCUCGGAACAGACCAAGGCAAAGUUCUCAAAGUUCUUCACACCAGUGAGGGAGUCUUCAUCAUAUCUCAGUACUCUCUGUUUCACAAUGAGGGCCCUGUUCUAAACAUGGCCAUCGACUCCCAAAAGGGACACCUCUAUGUCGGUACAGCGAUGGAGGUCCAGCGACUGCCACUGGCUGACUGCAGUCGCUAUGGCGACACAUGCAGGGAGUGCAUCCUUUCCCGGGAUCCGUACUGCGGCUGGGACAGAGCCAGGAGGAAGUGCAUCCCCAUCCCGCCUGGAUACAACGUCACCACUGGGACGCUCGUUCAGAAUCUGGACCAUUCAAACUCUUCGGUUUGUGAGGAAGCUGCUGCUCUGAAGCAGCGUCGCACUUCUCCCAGAGAAGUAUUCGUGCAGUCCAACACCUCCAUCUUUCUCCCUUGCCCUGUGCGCUCCUUCCACGCCACCUACCGCUGGGAGAAAGACAACUGUGGCAAGAAGUAUCCCUGCCUGUUCUCCGGGGACUUCUGCGUCCUGGGGCCGGCUGUUGACACGCCACUGAGGGACGGCGUCUUCCGCUGCAUGGCCACCGAGGACGGAUUCAAGGUGGAGGUUAUCUCCUUCAGGCUGGUGAACGACGGCAGGCUCCUGGCCGCCUCCCUGGCCUCCACCUUGGGGCCGUCGCUCCUCCUCGCCAUGGCUACCCUGUGGCUCCAUUAACUGCAGCUACCGCUAAUGCUAACCCCUCAUCCUUACUGGCUCCCAAUGACAGGAAAGACAAGGAGCCUCUGUUAGGAGGUUAGGUUCGCAGAGCAUUGUAGUAUGGUUGGGUUGGAUGGUGAAAAUUCACCUUUUUCCAUAUCGAUUUUUAGAGAAAGAGUCCCAAAAAUGUGAAUGAAGGAUUCAAUUCUUUAUUUUUUUGCGUAAAGCGACAUAUCUGCAGCUGUCUUAAUAAGAUCAGAACUUCAUUCUAAAGUGACUUGGAGUUACUGUCCAUGAAUUGACAUGUCUUGUGAGUUUGAUCAACCAUAAUUAGGUGCUUUGCGAACCUUUCCUCUCUGACUUAAAACAUAUCGUAUGAGUUGGGCAAAAAACACCAAUACCAGGCCAAUUGUUUUUACCAUUUCUCUACUUAUUUUCAAAUUGACUUGACUGUGCUUCUUUGUGAAUAUAUAAACCUUUAAUACCGCUCUUACAUCUAAUCAUUCAUCUUGUUAAACCUCAUUGGUAUAGCUCAUUAGUACUUAGAAAAAUGUCUGGUAUUGAGAUUUAAAAAGCCUUAACACUUCUGGGACAUAAACUCCUAAGCACAAUUUUGCAGUUGAGGCAGAAUACUGCAGCCUCGGUCGGACUUUGGCGCUAUAAUUAGUGCAGCUGAGUCCAGCAACAUCGCUGGGAGGAAGUGUCAGCUUUUUGACAGGAAGUAGGCGAAUGGGCAAGAGCUCAUUCUCGAACAUCACUGUGUCUCAGCACCUCCUCCUCAGACGAGGCAGUUCCUUGCAUCUUUUUAUCAGAUGGUAUCAGACAUCGUUAUUACGCCUUGUUCACAGCUUUGUCCGUUGUUUUUUUUGUUAUCUUUUUACACGCCAUCGUCUUUCCUCCACCUCCCCAGAGCAUCAGAAACAAAACACUCGUUCUUAACAGGAUGUGAAAACCACAACAUUGCCUACAGCUCCUUUGGAAAAAAAAGUAGCUUAAUAUUAGCACUACGGAACGAAGAGUCUUAAACAUGAAACCAUUAAAUAAUUAAACAAAACUAUCAAUCAACAUGAAAGUUUCAAAUCUAGAUAUUUUCUGUUUGGUCAUUUAUUGUGGAGAGACGGUGGUUGCAAGUUUUGUGAAACAGCAGUUGAAGUUUUUGCUAAUUCUGAGUCCCGAGCGUCCAUCAGUUUUUAGGAAACAGAGCGGAGAGAGACAUAGAGGAUACCAAUCUGCUGCAAAUUACAUCCAAUUUGUGUCAACCCGACAAUGCGUAAAGAUGUGAACAAGGUGUUGCGCUAUAGCAAUUUCAAUAAACACACACUUACAUUAUCAUGAGGGCAGAUGAAGCUAAAUGGAACUGCAUAUUAGGCUUGCAUUUUAUAGUUUGCUUGGAGAAAAAAAAAAAAAAGGCUUGUACUUAUAUUCGUAAAGUGUGUUCUGUAUUUUAUUGCUCUGCAGAUGCUGAUUUCUACCGUCGCUGCCUACGUAUGUGACACUUUGUCUUGAUUGUUUGGGUUUUUAUGCCAUAGUUAGAACGUGAUAUGUAACCAUUGACUGCUUUGCCUCUUUCCCCAGGUACAUCAGUGCUAAUAGACAAGAAAAUGGUUAUUUUUUUGUUAUACUUGUACCCUAUGCUGUGAAACGAAAAGGCUCGACAGAUUCCAACAAGAUGCUUCACUGAUAUGCAGCAGCAACCACAACCGGCGACGAGAGCUUGGCUUUAGCAUCAUCCUUUUAAUAACGCAAACUUUACUGAGACCAAGAAGGUAGCUGAAUGUAAAAAAAGAAAUAAGAGUUGUGAAUGUAGCUGGAGUUCAACAGCACUGAAAUGCCAAAAAACUAAUGCCAAACCUUCUGAAUACUGAUCAGCUGACUGAAGAAGCAGGCUUGUGCGGUGAUGAAUUAUGCAGCGGAUUAGCAUGUUCUCUAGAGCUUUGAGAAUUAUCAUUCAGUAGUGUUACAUAAAUCUGGCCCUGCCGAGCCUUCCACAGUGGCAGAGAUGUCAUUAAUAGCCAAUUAGACAAUAGAGCCAGCUCGUCAUGCACCGUAUUAAAGAAUUUAUUUUACAACCGUCAGGGAUACGAGCGGCGAGCAUGUUCUCAGCUGUGAAAAUCUCGAGUGAGUGUUGUGUUUCUCGCUCAGCUUGGUUGUGUGUUGCUGCUCGGGGGAUCUGCUUGCUUUCUGCAUUGCACACAUUGCAUAUGCUACUGACUGUGCCAAGAAAAGAAAAAAGAUGAAAAAAACAAAGAUAUGUUGAGCCACUUCAUCCUCCCAGCACUUCUUCUUAUCUUCAUUUGCAAAAAUCCCUUGCUGUUUACCUGGCGUAAUAUUUUCUCCUAGCGCGUGUAUAACAUCGGUCUUCCCCACAACCAGUCUCACAAACACAAACCUACUGCAGGUCUGCAUAUUAAUCGUCUUUGUGUGUGUCUGUGUGUGUUAACACCAGCUACCGGCCAAGUGCUGGUAAACAUUUAGUAGGCUGCUAGCGAUGCUGUCCGAGACCUUGGGCAGGAAACUAACUCCACAUACACAGACGUGCUCAUGGCAUUUUCCUGUAUAACCUCCUUUAUACUGUUACUAUAACUGCUAUGUACGUGUCAUUGUGAUUUGACUCAGAAAGCUGUUAUCACAAGCCAUUAUGAGAGGAGAUGCCUAUGCUAUCCAAAGCUAACUCAAACAACCUGGUAUUAUAAGCUUAUUCACUGUGUCCCAAGUCCAUACUAUAUAUCUGUUUGUCUUCAACAGAAAAACAACAGCAUUUGUUCAAACGCGCAUGUUUUCCUAAUAAGGGACCUCUUGCGGUCAAAGGUGGAAUUAGCAUGACAUUAGUACUGCUGCAAAAUCUAAUCUAAUCUAAUAAGAUAACAGGGUGCAGUGGGUGGUUGGUGGAUGGCGUACAAAGCAUGUGACUCCUAGAUGGGAGACGAUGCUUCACAUUUCCUCUCCUACCAUCAAUGUGGGUUUAUUCAAACCAUGGCUUUCCUUAAAGGAAUACUUCACCCAAAAAAAUUACCAUUUGUUUAUCAAUUACUCACCCCGUGUUACCUCCCAAACACAUGCAUCUUCAUCUAAAACCUUACUAUUCAAAACAAUUUGGACUCGCAUGGACGAGUAGCGCGCCUGCACAAGCGUGAUACUGCUUAUGCGGAAGUAUUUGAAAUAGUAAGGUUUUGAAUUGUGUGAGUAAACGGAUGAUUUAUUUUUCAAAAAUUCAAGGCAAUAUGGCGUGAGAAAUUGAUAUGCAAAUAGUAAUUUUUUGAGUGAAGUAUUCCUUUAACCUUAACUAAAUACUUUUAGUUGGCUAAACAUAAGUGACAGUAUUAAUUUGGCAGAUGUACAAGAGAGCAUGUCUAUGUCCUAACUCGUCACAUAUGGCUGCUUUGUCACGCCCCUUGGCGUCACUUUAGGUUUAGGCAACAAAACCACUUAAUUAGGUUUCGGAAAAAACAACAUAGUUGAGCUUAAAACUACAACGUUUGUAUGGUGAAAAUGAAACACUGAGACACAAACAUCUAAUUGCACGGGACAUGAACAGCGGUCUCCUGGAUGAAAGAAUGUUUGUUGGACCCAUCCAUAGACCAGCGCCCAUUCGCCUUUAGUCUUUUCGCUCUUUAAACUAUGUCACCGCAGCAAUUUCUCAGAGCGUUUACUGUUGCCGCAGAUGAGGUUUACAUUUUAGUCAAUGGAAAGCCCGGUGUGUUUCAUACUGGCGCUAAAAGGUGCCUUAUGCGGCGGUGCCGAUGGCCGUGACAAAGCGUCAGUAUUCGACACUCUGGGAAUGAGAACGGGCUGCAAUGUUAUAGUGUGGUUUUGGGACACAGGGUUUGUUUUCACCCCAGGAGAGAUGUUGAGAUGACCUUGUGUCACACAGUGUUUGAACAUGGUCAGAUAGAUGUUGCUGUGCAGAGCUGAUUGUAUUUCCCCGCUUCAUGAGGAGCAGCACUGCUCCUCAGGCAGGUGGAAUCAUGCUUUCAUCAUUCAGCAUUUUACCCAGGCAUCAUGCUCAGCUCCUCAAGGCUUUGCUUUAAUAUCAACACUUUUCCAGCUAAUGCGUGGAAUUAGGAUUUAUAGCAUUUACCAACUCCUCAAAUCUCCUCUAUGUUCAAGUCCUUGCUUUGAUAUGGAUAUUCACAUGGCCGCUUUAUCGAAAUUCAGUUAUCACUCACUCACAUCCGUCAUCAUCAGUCAGUCCGAUAGAGGCUAAUCUCCUUCAAAGCAAGCUCUUGAUUUGCCUUCAGGAAACCAAUUUAAUGGAUCACGCUAUCUGCUGUAAGCAAAUCGACGUCGAGUGAAGCGGGUCGCUGUUUUGUUUGCUCUGGGGUUUUUGAGUGUGAAGUACUGUACAUGAUGUGUGCCCACGAUUCUGUGUCUUGAUAUAUCUAAUUUUAAAAGUAACAUGCCAAACUCUAUUAUUAAAAAAAGAGAUUUAUAUUGGUGACAUGCCAGUCUAAUGCCAUCUCAUUACAUGUAUUUUUAAAAAAAACAGAUAUCUAUAGUGCAAUAGAUAUUCAUGUAACAAACCCAUAUUGACAUGUGUUUCCCUGAACAUGUGCGGUGAAAAUUAAUAAAAUAUAAGUAUAAAGAAAUGA